UAAUUUUGUGUCCGAUCCGCUCCGCACUCUCCUGUGUUGCUGGUAGUCGAGAGGCCAAUCAGUCAGAACUUUGGAGGCAUUGGUAGACAAGUGGAUAGGAACUCAAAGAGUGCUCCCCAGCUAUCUACCUUACGGGGACAACUAACCUCAAAUGGCAUCCCCUACGCUAAAGUCAACCAGUGGAGCUCUAAGUCCCCUCAGGUCCAGCACCAUAGCAAUGGAUUUUUCCAGCGCUGAUCCAGCAAUAUCGCCAUCCACCACUUUCACUGGGCAGCGCAAUUUCCUGGAUAAAAUCGUUAACAAAGACACUUCUGCAGAAUCGAAUGCAAAAUUUGACCUGACCACAAACUAUCAUUCUGAUCGACCGUGUAUAUGCCAACAAAGCAGCAUGGGGCCGGACUGCUACUGCAGCAGCACAGCGAGUACACUGAAGGCUUCGUCGCUUAAGCGGAGAGCCAUCGCGGCUUUGCGCGUCCACUUUGACCAGAACCAUGCCACAUUGGAGCCGCAAGAGAUCCAAGAACCUAUUGAAAUAGCUGAAAAGUUCAAGCAAACCAUCCAAAAAGAAUGGGAUGUGCUCAGUGCCCAGGUUACCAAGUGCAUGUGCUGGCUAACGAGCAAGGCUCAGUCAGUCCAUUCAGGCUACGCAAAGGUGUACAAUUGCGCUCGGAAGGAUCUGGUUGAUUAUCAAUGGGAGGUGACGAGGUCGGUUAACAAAAUGUACCAGUUUCUAGAGAAAAACUUCAUAGCUGUGCUAUCUGACUGCCUGAGAAGCACUCAACAUAUCAUCCACCGCACCUGUGCUCCGGCACAUCCCGUUAGUUCGUCGUUUGUGCGUGUGGAUCAAGGCUUCUCGGCCGCCUGCAGGAGGUGUGGUGUGCUCAACCAAUGCAGAUGACAGAUGUAAACCAUUACCCAUCACGAGCCCAGAUCCAUUUCUAUUUGGCGCUAUCAAAACGGCCCUGUACUUAAUGCCUUUAAGCCAUCCAUGUUAUAUACAGAUACCCCAUCAGAUCCUGUAUAUUUUCCGUGCGAAAUCCGCUUAUCAUUAGUUGACAUCAUCUUACGGUGCUGCCACUGAUUAAGAUCCC